AUGCUCCCAUUCUACCUUCUUCUCAUAUUGGUAUUACCAUUCAUCCUCCUUCUCUUCUCGUUCCUACGCAAUCAAUUCUUCCACCCCCUCCGCAAAUUCCCGGGCCCAUUCUGGGCCGCGCACACGGACCUCUGGCGUGUCUAUCACCUAUGCACCAAGCGCAUGCCGGACACGAUGGAGAAGGUGCACGAGAGGUACGGCCCGGUGGUGCGCGUGGCGCCCAACGAGCUGAGCUUCCAGGGUGUUGAGAUCCUCGACGAGGUGUACAAGGGCGGCUCAAAGAGGUUCAUUAAGAGUAACCUGUACGACGGGUUCACGACGUUCCAUCCGAAUUCGUUUGGGACAAGGGAUGAAGAUCUCCACGCAAAGAGACGUCGCCAGAUGGCGCACAGCUUCUCGAUCGCUUCCCUUUCGCAGAUGGAAUCCAUCUUCAAUCGCCAUCUCAACAACCUCAUCAACGCCAUUGCCGCACAGGGCUCCAAGCCGUUUGAUCUGAAGAAUCUCAUCGGAUACUAUGCCUACGACGUCAUGGGCGAGUUGGUCUUCCACACUGAUUUCGGGUCUCAAGACGCCCAAGACCCCGCACAGCUGCCACCCAUCAACGAGCAUAUUUUCCUGGGCUGUCUCUUCGGCAUGCUCCCUUCCUUGCUGCCGUACAGUAUGAAACUCGCAAACUAUAUUCCGCUCCCGUGGCUGCAAAAUCUCCUGGAGAGUAGGAAGCAGCUCAGAGACAGGACGUCGGCAUGCGUCGCCCACGAAAUGGCCAGGGAAAAGAUCAGUGACAAGCACAGCAUUCUGACCAGGCUAAUCCGUGCAAAGGACCCCGAGACCGGUGAGCGCUUGAACGAGGUGGCGGUCAGUUCAGAGGCAUUUGCGUUUCUGGUCGCCGGAUCACACACGACUUCGGGCACCUUGACUCUAUUGUUCUAUCAUCUGUUGCAUAAUAAGAGCGUGGCGGACAAGCUCACGAAAGAGAUAACUGCAUGCGUUCCCUUUGAAGACACGGCUGGCGACUCCUUACCGGCGUAUGCUGGAUUGGAAGCGCAGCUGCCGUAUGCGACGGCCUGUAUCCGGGAGAAUUUCCGAAUUUCCCCGGUCUUCACCAUGCCGCUACCGCGUACGGUGUGUGAUCCAGAAGGCGUGGUGAUCGAAGGUGUCUAUGUUCCUCCUGGGACCAAUGUUUCGAUGGUCAACCAAGUGAUUCAUCACAACGCCUCUGUUUGGGGCAUGGACCACGACGUCUUCAGGCCCGAACGAUGGCUUGAUCCGGCAAAGCCACUGUCCCCCAAUGAUCUCGCACCUUUCGGCGCUGGUCAUCGAGCAUGUAUAGGCAGGAAUGUGGCGAUGAUGAGCAUCGUCAAAGUAUUGACGGCUCUGUGGCGCCGGUUCGAACUAGAAGUCCUGGAUCCUGCAGAGGAAUUGAUCGUAGAGAGCGUGGGAAUAGGAGAGAAACAGGGACCCUUGAUGGUGAGGGCUAAAUUAAGGGCGGAAUGA